AUGACCGCCAGAACUCCCCACUGUGCUUAUUGCGCCAACCGCCUGCACCAACCACAGCCAACAUUGCGUAUGCCCAGCCGGCGGACGAGCCCCGCCGCUACCCCGGCCAACCGCACCGCCGUCCGACAUUUGCCGGGCGGAGCAUGUGCGAGGCCGGCGCCGCAGCGGGAGCCCACCACCAGCGAGCCGCGCAGGACGCACCACCAUGCGCAUAAGGCAACUGCCGCGUGCCAACAGCUGUCGACACGCGUCGUUGCCACCGGCGCCCGCCACACCCCGGCCGGAGCCGGGGCGCAGCAAGCGCCGCCAACGCAAAAGCGGCGCCCGCCGCACCCCGGCCAAGGCCAAGAGCACGGCAAGCGCCGCCAAAGUGAAAGCGGCGCCCACCGCACCCCGGCCGGAGCCAAGAGCGCAGCAAGCGCCGCCAACGCAAAAGCGGCGCCCGCCGCACCCCGGCCGGAGCCAAGAGCACAGCAAGCGCCGCCACAGCCAAAGCGGCGCCCGCCGCACCCCGGCCGGAGCCAGAGCACAGCAAACGCCGCCAACGCAAAAGCGGCACCCGCCACACCCCGGCCAAGGCCAAGAGCACAGCAGGCGCCGCCAAAGCAAAAGCGGCGCCCGCCGCACCCCGGCCGGAGCCAAGAGCACAGCAAGCGCCGCCAAAGCAAAAGCGGCGCCCGCCGCACCCCGGCCGGAGCCAAGAGCACAGCAAGCGCCGCCAACGCAAAAGCGGCGCCCGCCGCACCCCGGCCGGAGCCAAGAGCACAGCAAGCGCCGCCAACGCAAAAGCGGCGCCCGCCGCACCCCGGCCGGAGCCAGAGCACAGCAAGCGCCGCAGAAGCGAGCAAGUGCCAUUCGCCAGUGAGCAAGGAUACUAGACACAAGUGUCCGACACCUUAG